UAAAAUCCCUAAGCCCCAAUUCUCUCGACGUUUUUACCUCAUUGCCGGCGCCGCCGCCGCCUCUUCCUUCCUCUUCUCAAAUUUCUUCCCCACGAUGAAUCAGAUCAGGGCUUUUCUUUCCGCCGGCCGUGCCUGCCUCCGACGUGCGUGGCCAACCAACGCGACGGAGGGCGCACAAUCAGCCGUCGCUCGAUGGUUGAUCGACGGGAAGGUAUGUGUUCGCUACGGCGCCGACGUGCCCUACCCUAAGCUUCGCCUCUCGCCAGCUGCGGCGGACGACGAGGACGGCUGGGGAGUCACGGAGGUGGAAGUCCGCCAGCCCGACGGGAAGUUCUUGACAUCAAGGGUCCGCGUCGAGAUCUUGACCCAUCGCAGCGAUGCUCCCGACGACGUGGUCAUAAUUUCCAAGGAUGAACUGGCCUCUCUCGCGAGAAAUGUGUCUGAUCGGGCGGAUCAAAUUCAGCGGAUGAAAAAAAAAGUGGAGAGUCGACUGGCUGCUGUUAACGCAAACUUAGAUAAACUCGAAGAAAAGAAGUCAGGUGCUCCACCUUGUCGUGAAGGGGGAAUGUAGCUCAGUUGGUAGAGUUUGUGUUUACGACGUACUAAUUAUGACGGUAUAAACGUGUCAGGGAUGUAGCUCAGUUUGUAGAGUUUGUGAUUACGAUGACGUGCUAAUUAUGUCGGUAUUAGCACGUAUGUUAGCUUGUUCGUCGUCUCAGGGAUGUAACUCGGUUUGUAGAACUUUGUGAUUACGAGUCGGAUGUCUAAUUGUUCAAUGUGGCAAUGCUAAUCUCCUCUAUGGUUGCCCGAAUUGUUGAACUCUGCAAGUCCUCUGUUUUCUAUUUCGGUCUGUCUGUCUUAUGGUUUUCUGUAUUCUGGAAGGACUAACUCAAGCUGAUAGCUUGAUAAAUUGGAAUGUGUGCUUGUUUGCUACUCUGUUCUUUUGUGCAUUACUCUGUUUUUCCAUCGAGCUAUUAGUCAUUAGUCACCUAUUUCAUACCAUUGCUUGCUACUCUGCAAUGGCAUGGAUUCUAAGCUCUCACUGUAAAUAGAUGCCAUUUUUAGCUACUGAAAGCGUAACGAUUUCGUUGUAAUUCGACAGAGGAGGUGCCAUAAUGAAAGGAUCUCGAGACGGAAGGAUCUGCCAUUAUGAAAACAAGGUGUAUUCGGCCAAUGAAAACAGUCCUCUCAUUGUAUGUUCUCACAAGUCUGUUAAACCUAUGAUAUCUGUCAUGAUCAAUCCCAACAUCACAUCGAAAAAUGCCGUGACAAAAUCGUUGUAUUUGCAUGUCAUGCUCCCGUUUCAGUACGCAAACUGGAAAAGAAUCGAGUCAUAGUAAACUCCGUUUUCUGCAAAACUCAGGCCACAGGGAAUUUUGGAAUCUACUGACCAGCUUAUAGAAAUUCUUCCUUGCUGCUCCUGUUACUUCUGUCCAAAGCAAAUGUUUGAAAUGAGAAUGCAUGGCAUUGUGCCUUCAGCGUUUAAGAUGGAUGGGGAUUGAAGCAGGAGGUACAAUUCUGGGACGAAUAGAGGAGCUCGGUUGGUCAGAAAUGAAAGCAUCGAAUGAGUCGGUAAAGAACAGAGAACUGCUUCCGUCUGUUUGCUUUUCAGAAUCACAGAACCAACCAUACCUUACAAAAAUCAUGUCAAGUUUCUCGGUUUCAAUACCUUAAACCGAAAUACAGAAGGCCUUCCAACAGCUACAUAAACAUCUAGCAGUGCUCGACGUCCCCUCCAUUUGGCAUUGAGGUGCUGCAGCACAGAAGAUAUCUUCUUCCUCCGACUUAGAGUGAGUUCCAAGUAAGGAUGGUAGGCUUCCUGCGAUAUGAAAUCAACAAUCAUACAGAAUAAACGUAUUUUGACUUU